AUGACAGGAGGCCGUGGACAUCAACGAUUCAAUUCGACAAAUACUGGGUUUAGCAAUCAGGCUCCUUUCUGGACUACCAAUAAAGUCGCGCUGUUGAGUGCGUUCACAGGAGCAUUGGCAUAUACAUACGGACUCUGGGAUGCUGGGGUCAACUCCAAGAAAGACGGAGCAAUUGCUUCCCCAAAGCCGGCAUACGCUAAGAAGGCAGAAUGGGAAAAGGCAAUCGAGGAAGUGAGAGCCAAACUCGGUGAAGAUUCAAUCACCACAGAUGACGACGAAUUGCAACGACACGGAUACUCGGAAUGGUCGACUAUCAAUGUCGAUGUACUCCCCAUCGCAGUGGUGUACCCGAAAUCCACAGCAGAGGUAUCCGAGAUUGCCAAAGUGUGCUAUGCGCAUAAGAUUCCCAUAGUACCUUACUCUGGAGGUUCAAGUCUGGAAGGCAAUUUCUCAGCUCCGUAUGGUGGAUUUUGCAUCGACUUUGCAUUUAUGGAUAAGAUUCUUGCGCUGCAUGAUGAUGAUUUGGAUGUAGUGGUUCAGCCCUCGAUUGGUUGGAUGAAGUUGAAUGAAGAUAUCAAGGACUCUGGUCUCUUCUUCCCGGUUGAUCCAGGUCCAUCUGCAAUGAUCGGUGGCAUGACAGGAACCAACUGCUCUGGAACCAAUGCUGUACGCUACGGCACCAUGAAAGACAAUGUCCUCAAUCUGACCGUCGUCCUCGCCGACGGCACCAUCAUCAAGACAAAGCGACGACCCAGAAAAUCAUCUGCUGGCUACAAUCUCACUGGCAUGUUCAUCGGCUCCGAAGGCACCCUGGGCAUCGUCACCGAGAUCACCUUGAAGCUGCAAGUCAUACCGCAAGAGACCAGUGUCGCAGUAGUAACCUUCCCCACCAUCCGCGAUGCAGCAGCCGCAGCCUCCCGCGUCAUCAAAGCCGGAGUUCCAGUGGGUGCAAUGGAAAUCAUGGACGAAGUCCAAAUGAGCGUGGUCAACAGAUCCAAGUCCACCAAGAAAGUCUGGCGCGAAGUACCUACCCUCUUCUUCAAAUUCUCUGGCACAAAAGCAGGAGUGAGAGAAAAUGUGGGCUUGGUCAAGCAACUGUCUAAAAAGUGCAACUCUAUCGAUUUCGAAUUUACUGCCGAUGCUGAAGAGCAAAAGAACUUAUGGUCGGCGAGAAAGGAGUCUUUGUGGUCGAUGUUGGCGAUGAGAAAAGGAAAUGAGGAAGUCUGGUCGACCGAUGUUGCUGUGCCCAUUUCUCGACUCGCUGAUAUCAUCGAGGUUUCUAAGAAAGAGAUGGAUGAUUUGGGUUUAUUCGCAUCUAUUCUUGGUCACAUUGGCGAUGGCAAUUUCCACGAGAGUAUCAUGUACAAUGCGCAAGAUCCAGAGGAGAAGAAAAAGGUGGAAGAGUGCGUGAACAGGAUGGUGGACAGAGCGUUGGAGAUGGAAGGAACGUGUACUGGUGAGCAUGGCAUUGGCUUGGGAAAGAAGAACUCGCUGGUCAAAGAGUUGGGCUUGGAUACUAUUGACGUGAUGCAAAAAGUUAAGCUGGCUCUGGAUCCGAAUUGGCUGAUGAACCCGGGAAAGGUGUUUGAUCAUCCAGCCGAGACUAAUCCAAAGGGUAAGUAG